ACUGAACAGAGCCAGAGCCAGUCUGCUCGUAGUCUCGUAGUCUCACUGCAACCACUGACGAGGAAGCAAGCACUCGCAGUUGUCUCUGAUCGACUUCAGUCUGAGCUGAAAUAACAUAAUUACUUUGAAGUCUGCAUUUGCUGACAAGAAAACCGCUCCCGCUCGUAUUUUCUCCCGCCUUCUGCUGAAGAAACAGCGAAAACCACCUGCAGCGCUCGGUAGAUUCUCUGUCGUUUGCAAGCGAUCUCAUUUGCAUCUCUCGCUGGUGGUUGACAUCAGGUACGACAGGACACCGAGCAAGGGGGUCGGAGAAGGCUACAACGCCCAUAUUUCUGUUAAGGUGGAUCGACAGUUCAAGAAGCCCUGAUGAUGUGUGCGUUCAUGACACCAGUUCUCAAGAAUGACUGGGAGGUCUACAAAACGAAGCGUUCUAGAAACAAUUCGGAAAGUUCCGCUGUCACGGUGCCCUCCGGCCAUCGCUCGCGCCCCUCCCACGUGCGGAAGCGGGGCAUAGGGGAGACGGGGAGGAGCUUCUCGUACCACGCCCCCGGUGGCCAUGCGAGAGGCGAGGUGAUGUACGUGGGCUCCCCGCCCCGCGCCUACCACAUGUCCCACAAGAACUCGAGGUACGCGUCGAGAACGUCCAUGGACCCCAUCUCGCCAGGUGCCAUGAGUCCGCCCAAGAGCCCAACCGGAACGAAGAGCGAUGGGCCGACCAAAAGCCCUUCGUCGGCGUCCCUUUCGAAGUUCCACAAUAAGGUGAUGGACAAGCUGAAGAGCGUCUUGCACCUGAAGGAAGACAGCAGCCAGGACGAGGGCCAAGAAGACACCAGAGGGCAGUCAUGAAGAACGGAGAACGCAGGGAACAGAGCACCCAGGCAGCGAAGAACCGUUUGCAGCAGAACCUUACGCGACGAAGCCUUGUGAUGGCCGAGAACUUCGAAACCAAAAAAAAAAAAAAAAAAAAGGUUUUGCCGAAGAUAAAGGUUGAUGAAAGAUGAAGAUAUCCUUGGUGGAGGAUUUGGGUGAUUUCUGUGGCCGGAUGGAAGACUUUUCCUGGGUUCUUCGAGUGAUGCUGUUUGGGUGGAGAAAGAUUGGAAAAUGAGACAAAGAAGGAAAUGUGAGGACUGCUGGAUAGUGUGCAGAAGGGAA